AUGACUCUGAAAGUAGUCAAUUGCCUGAGACGCCCAGCACUGCACCUCAGAAGUCUGGCCAUUCCUGCACGUCAAUCACCUAUCAAAAUAUGCAUCGCGCAAUAUAGCUCCCACUCACCAAUGGGCUCAACAGCCACCAACACCCGCAAAAAAGUAACAAUCCAAACCAUCCAAAACCUCUACAAAAAGAACGAACCCAUCACAGUCCUUACAGCAUCCGAUUUCCCUAGCGGCCAUGUGGCCGACACAGCCGGAAUGGAGAUCGUGCUCGUAGGCGACAGCCUCGCGAUGGUCGCAAUGGGCAUGGAAGACACAAACGAAGUAACAAUGGACGAGAUGCUCCUACACUGCCGCAGCGUGAACCGCGCCGUCAAGAGCGCCCUCACAGUGAGUAUAACCAUACAUACAUACCCAUCCAUAUCAAUACUACACCACCAAAAUGCAUCAACAUCUCACAGCCCGCAACAGAUCGCAGACCUACCCAUGGGCUCAUACGAAACAACUCCAGAAAAAGCACUAGAGUCCGCAAUUCGGAUGGUAAAAGAAGGCGGGAUGAAGGGAGUGAAACUCGAAGGCGGGGCGGAGAUGGCGUCUACCAUCCGCAAGAUCUCGCAAGCAGGGAUCCCAGUCAUGGCGCACAUCGGGCUAACGCCCCAGCGCCAGCACUCCCUGGGUGGGUUCCGCGUGCAGGGCAAGUCAGCCGCGGGCGCUGUGAAGCUGCUGCGGGAUGCAUUGGCUGUGCAGAAGGCGGGGGCUUGUAUGGUUCUCAUUGAGGCUGUGCCGCCUGAGGUGGCGGAGAUUGUUACGCGGCGGCUGAGCGUGCCGACUAUUGGGAUUGGGUCUGGGAAUGGGUGUUCUGGACAGGUGCUUGUGCAGGUUGAUAUGUUGGGAAAUUUCCCUGAGGGAAGGUUUUUGCCCAAGUUUGUCAAGACUUAUGCGGAUGUUUGGGGAGAGGCAAGGAGGGGGAUUGAGGCUUAUAGGGAGGAGGUUAAGAGUAGGGCUUUUCCUUCGGUAGAGUAUACUUAUCCUGUUUCUAAGGAGGUGUUGGAGGAGUUUGAGAAGGUUGUUGAUGAGGUUGCUGGUGAGAAUGAGUAA